UUUUCCUCCCAUCCUUUCUUCUCCCUCCUCCCCAAAAUCUCACUGUCUGAAACCAAAAACAAAAAAAUCACAAAACACCUUCCACUUUCUUUUGAUUUUUUCAUUUUUUUCUUAUUUCUUUUUCCGGAUUUCAUGUGGGGAAAUGGACGUCGCCAACAGGUUAGAUCGAAGGAAGACUCUUACCAUGAACUGGGCUGGGCUCGGGGAUCAUGACGACGACGAUGACAGGUUUUUUGAGAGCUGUGAUAGAAUAUCUUCCGUCAUGUCUUUGGACCUUGCUUCUUCUGGCUCCGAUGAGGAUGACGACGACUACGAUGACUGUCGUAUCUCCUUCGCCUCCGCUGUUUCCUCUAUCGUCCCCAACAAGGAAUUUCGAGCUCCAGCCAUGUCUCCCGAUUACGAUAUCUGGAUGGCCGCUCCGGGAUCCAUUAAGGAGCGUCGCAAGCGACUUCUGCACGGAAUGGGUCUCGCCGCCGACAAGAAUCUCCUUCGGGUCACCAGCGUCGAGUUCAAACGCGCUGUUUCCGUCAAGCCCGUCAACGGCGAGGUCCCUGACGCAGUCCACGAUGAUUCCAAGUCGACUCCUUCCCCUUCACCUCCGGUGCGGGUUCUGCUCGUGCGGUCUAGAUCCGAAUCGGAUAUCGAGUCUUUCUCUGUGGAUAAAAUCAGGAAAGAGGAGAUCCUGGGAGUUGUAUCUAAACAACGCCUCACGAGAACCUCUUCCACCAUAGCCGCACAAUGCGCGCGAAUUUGCCCUUAUCAGACUCCCGCCAGAACGCCGCUGAAUGAUGGCGGACAUGGGCGGUCUCCCGGUGGUGGUUCAUUCACGCCGCUUCUACCGAACGGAGGAUUCGGUGCAUUUUUCUUGAUAAAGAAUCUGGAUACGGGGAAGGAGUUUAUCGUUAAGGAGUACGACGAAGAUGGGAUGUGGAACAGACUGAGUGAUCUUCAAACGGGUAAGCAGCUGACAAUGGAGGAAUUCGAGAAAUGCGUCGGGUAUUCGCCAGUGGUUAAGGAGCUUAUGCGACGAGAGAACGUGAAUAGGAUGCAGGUUGAGGGAGCCAAUAUUGACUUUCGGAAAUUCAAUUCAUAUCUAUCGAAAAGCUUGAGAAUGAGCAAGAGAAGAGGAGCUGCUUUGUUGAAGAACAUAAAAGGUGUUGCCAAUUCCAUGAGCUUAAGGGUUAACGAGAAAGAGAAAGAAAUUGGGAAUAUACCAGCAAUGACAGAUCCAAAACAGGGAAAGAAUGGUUGGGUUAAAGUUAGGCAAACAGGGAAAUCAUACAAGGAGCUUAGUGCAUUGCAUUUGAGUCAAGAAAUUCAGGCUCAUCAGGGAUCCAUUUGGACUAUCAAGUUCAGUUUGGAUGCUCAUUUGUUGGCGAGUGCAGGGGAGGAUCGAGUAAUUCAUGUUUGGGAGGUUCAAGAAUGUGAGAUUAUGUCGAUGAAUGAAGGGAGUUUGACUCCCCUUCACCCUUCCAUGGACAAGCCUAGCAUUGGUGAGGUUCCACUAAUGCCCUCAGAAAAGAAGAAGAAGGGGAAAGGCUCAAGUGCCAAAAAGGGAAAUCAUAUUCCUGACUACGUCCAUGCCCCUGAAACUGUCUUCUCCCUCUCUGAGAAACCAAUCUGCUCUUUCAAGGGUCAUUUGGAUGAUGUCUUGGACUUAUCCUGGUCCAGAUCUCAGCUACUGCUUUCAUCUUCUAUGGACAAAACAGUCAGACUAUGGGACUUGGAAUCCAGGAGCUGUUUAAAAUUGUUUGCUCACAAUGAUUAUGUAACUUGUAUACAAUUCAAUCCGACGGAUGAUGAUUAUUUCAUCAGCGGCUCACUUGAUGCGAAGGUUCGAAUAUGGAACAUACCUGACCGGUACGUUGUCGACUGGACAGAUAUUCAUGAAAUGGUCACCUCUGCUUGUUAUACGCCUGACGGCCAGGGUGCCUUUGUUGGUACGCAUAAAGGGAGUUGCCGCUUGUACAAUACAGAAGGUUGUAAAUUAACUCAACAAACCCAGAUUGAUUUACGGAUUAAAAAGAAGUCUCAUGGGAAAAAAGUUACUGGCUUUCAGUUUUCUCCAGGAAAUCCAUCUGAAGUGCUUGUUACUUCUGCUGAUUCUCGUAUUCGAAUCUUGGAUGGUGCAGAAAUCAUUCAUAAAUUCAGAGGUUUUCGAAACACCAGUAGCCAGAUUGCAGCUUCAUUUAGUUUAGAUGGAAAACAUAUUAUAUGUGCAAGCGAAGAUUCUCAUGUUUAUGUCUGGAAGCACGAUGAUUCUCGAAAUGCAAGCACUGGAAAAAGAACUGUAACUAACACAAGAUCUCAUGAACAAUUCCAGUGUAGAGAUGUCUCGGUAGCAAUCCCGUGGCCAGGUACUAUAAAGGGUGAUCUCCCACCUAUGCCACUACAUUCGAAAAGGCAUUCAAGACGUAUCAGCUCACAACCUCCUUCUGUUGGAUCACCAACUAAGGAAGACUCCUCUGCUGUAGCAAACAGUAAGAGGAUGUUGCCACCUCUUCCAAAGAAAGUUAACCCCAUAGAACGAACUAUAACUCCUCCAGAAGAAGAUCUCGUGCAGAUUUCCCGGUCUGAAUCAGGCAUUGGUGAGUCAUUCAGUAUGAACUCUCCUCCCUCAAUAACAUCUGGCGAUUCUCCUUCCAUUUCUGCAGCUUCCAACUCUAAUUCUGAUCUAGUGACGCAUGGGGAUUCACCGUCUAUCUCUGCCACGGCUGCUGCAUCUAAUCAUUCUGCUUCAAUUAGCCAUGGUGAUUCACCUUCUAUCUCUGCUACUGCUGCUGCAUUGAAUCAUUCUUCUUCAAUUAGAAAUUGUGAUUCACCCUCCAUUUCUGCUGCUUCUAAUAUCAAUUCUGCUUCAAUAAGAAAUGGUGAUUCAUUUUCAAUUUCUGCUGCUGUCAACACCAAUUCUCCCUCAAUAAAAUAUGGUGAUUCACUUUCAAUUUCGAGUGCUUCAAGGUGUGGUGAUUCACCUUCCAUAUCUGCCAGCUCCCAUGCGCCAUCUUCAUCUUGGUCAUCUUCUUGGUCUUGGUUUGAUGUUAGUAGCCAUGGAGCACACACUAUACAACCAACAGCAUGGGGCAUGGUAAUUGUGACAGCAACAUUGGGAGGUGAAAUAAGAACUUACCAAAAUUUUGGCUUACCACGUAGACUUGGUCGCCAGGCAAACCUUUUUUGAAACUAAAAGAAGUGGCUUUUUCAUUAGUCAAAGGUGUUAGCAGUGUUAUCUUUCUACCUCAAGAGUACUUUAGUCUUGAAGUAUGAUUAUGUAUAGGAAUCUAAACGUACCGUGUUAUACAGGUAGGAGCUAAAGCCAUGGUGCAAUACUUGUUUUGCUUUCUCAGUUUUGUAAGUGUUUAGUGUUGUAUUUGAAGAUGUUUAGGAGAAUUUUUGAAUUGAUUUCAUAAGUUUGAGUUCAAGAUAUAUAUAGACUGUACAGUUGAGACA